AUGCCUUCCAAAGAGACCGGCCAACUGCGCAUUGUGGAUUCUCGCACCGAGAAUGCCUACCUUAUCCCCAUCCAUGAUAACUUCAUCCGGGCCAAGGACCUCAUGGCUAUCACUACCCCAGAUCCAAAGGGCAGCGAUAUUGAGCAGAAGCUCACCGUCCUCGACAAUGGCUUUGAGAAUGUCGCGUGCAUGGAAUCCGAGAUCACCCUGAUUGACGGCAACCGGGGCCAAAUCCAAUAUCGUGGCCAUCCCAUCCAAGAGCUCUUCCAAAACAAUGACUAUGAGGAUGUGCUUUACCUCUUGAUGUGGGGAAAGCUUCCUACACAAGCCGAAAAGCUGGAUGUGCGACGAAAGUUCGCUGCUGCCAUGGUACCAACCAAGACAGUCGUUGACACCAUAGCUGCGUUCCCACGCAACAGCGAUACAUACCCGAUGUGCCUCGCCGGUCUCUGUGCUUUCAUGUCAGGGGACAAGGUGAUUGCCAACAAUCGACACACACACAAACCCAGCUUCCACAACAACUUCGAACAGGCCGAUGCGGCCAUCAUCCGCACCAUCGCCUACUAUGCUACUACCCUCGCUCUUAUUCACUGUCACAAGCGAAAGCUGACCUUCACAAACCCGGAUCCCAAUGGCAGCCUCAUUGGAAAUCUGCUGUUGAUGAUGGGCAAGACAAACAAGGAGACUGGUGUUGGUCCCGAUCCCGAGAUUCAGGCGUGCCUUGAGAAGCUCUGGAUCUGCUACGCAGACCAUGAGAUGACCAACUCUACCGCCGGCCUUCUCCAUGCUGGCUCCACUCUUGCCGAUCCAGGCUCUUGCGCCAUUUCCGCUUUGGUGUGCGGAUUUGGUCCCCUUCAUGGAGGCGCCAUCGAUCUUGCUUAUGAAGCACUGGGAAAGAUCAAGCACCCCAGUUUUGUCCCUGCUUACAUUGAAAUGGUCAAGUCCAAGAAGGCUCGUCUGUUCGGCUACGGUCACCGCAUCUACCGCACCCGCGACCCCCGCCUUUCCCUCAUUGAGGAACUUAUUGAGAAGAACAGGGAGAAGUGUGACGCCAACCCUCUGCUCAGGGUUGCCUUUGCCAUCGACAAGCUGGCCAAUGAGGACGAGUACUUUGUGAGCAGGAAGCUCAAGGCGAAUGCCGAUCUGUUGGGAUGCUUCUUGUACUCUGCUCUGGGCUUCGAGACCGACAUGAUCACGGCCAUCAUCACUCUAUCGCGAAUUCCCGGUGGUCUCGCACACUGGAGAGAGACCUUGGACAAACCCAUUAAGAUUUGGCGUCCCCGUCAGAUCUACACUGGCGACAGAACUGAUGAUGUUGACACUUCAGGACGGCAAUCUUUAUCCUCCAACGAGGGCGCCUUGAAGGAGAAGCACGGCAUCCAGGUCCGUGAACUUAACUCUGGCAAGAGCAACAAGAUUCCCCUCAAGGUUAAAGCUAUCCUUUGGGCCAAGAGCUGCUUUUCCUAGGUCCAAUAUGUUCAAGUUGAUGAGGAUAGAGUCGAGAUUCUAAAAACGAAAGUGGGCAGUUGCAUCAGGUGUGGUAGCAUAAUACCUUAGAGUCUUAGACGUGGGAAGGGGGGGUUAUUCUGUUUUUCUUUGGUUUUCCGUUUUCAUUUUACGCUUUUCUGUAUGUAGCACGGAGUUUUAUUUCCAUUUCCCUAGCAAUCUCUAAUCAGUUUGAUACC